UUUCUUUAAGGCCCAUAUCAAACCUAUCUUUUGAAGCCUUUGAUAUAUACCGAUCAUGUUUGAGAAUCACAAGAAUAUGGUGCAACUCAAGGUCGUAGCCUCAACCUUGUUGGUGUUGUGGUCAUGGUGGAGCUUUGAGGGUGCAGUUGGAGACCCUCAACUCUUUUUACUCAAAUGGGAGUGCAGCGUAGUCGCAGUACACGACUUGCUCAACUUCAACCAAAAUCUAAACGCAAGUUUGGUCGACCUUAGAGCACAAGUGAGCAACCAAAGAAAACACUUUGCCACGGCUCAAUCAACCAGCGGAGCAGACCCAGUCCAUGCCAUGUUCCAAUGCAGGAACUACCUCUCCAUCACUGACUGCACCACCUGCUUUGCCACCGCUGCCACCAGAAUUCACAACUGCUCCACUGGAAACGGUGCCCAUGUCGUGUAUGACGGCUGCAUCCUCAGGUACGAGAACAAUGAAUUCUUGGAUCACAGUCUCAGUUCUACCCUCCACACACUUUGCGGAAAUGAGACAGCAGAUGAAAGCACUGCUUUUGGUACAGUUGGACGGCAAGCUCUGAUGGAUCUACAAAUAGCAACACCAAAAAUUGGUGGCUACUUUGCAGCUACCAAGACACAAGUGGCUGGUGGUGCGAUCUAUGCCUUUGCUCAAUGUGUUGAAACUCUCACGCAAGAAACCUGUUCGGACUGUUUGUCAAUUGCACAGAGUGGCAUACAAGAUUGUCUUCCAAAGACAAAUGGUCGGGGAGUCAAUCCUCCAGUGUGCUUUAUGAGAUACUCGGAGAAACCUUUCUUUGCAGAUAACCAAACCAUUGAUAUCAGUCUCUUCUUAAAACAAGGAGGAGGAGGUUCAAUCAAGAAGUGGCUUGUUAUUGGUGGUGGUGUUUCAAGUGCACUCCUUGUUCUGAUCCUUAUUUCAUUAUUUCGGUGGCAUAGAAGAUCCCAAAGUCCCACUAAAGUUCCUAGAACAGGUACCAUAAUGGGAGCGUCCAAGUUGAAAGGGGCAACCAAGUUCAAGUAUAGUGACUUGAAAGCUGCAACAAAAAAUUUUAGUGAGAAAAAUAAACUUGGAGAAGGAGGCUUUGGUGCUGUAUACAAGGGAACUAUGAAAAACGGGAAAGUUGUUGCAGUCAAAAAAUUAAUUUCAGGAAAUUCCAGCAACAUAGAUGAUGAAUUUGAAAGUGAAGUAACGCUUAUAAGUAAUGUUCAUCACAGAAAUCUUGUUCGGCUUCUUGGUUGUUGCAAUAAAGGCCAAGAAAGAAUCCUUGUUUACGAAUACAUGGCAAACGCCAGCCUAGACAAAUUCUUAUUUGGAAAAAGAAAAGGCUCCCUCAACUGGAAACAACGGUAUGAUAUAAUUUUGGGCACAGCAAGGGGAUUGAAUUAUCUACAUGAGGAAUUUCAUGUUUCUAUCAUACAUAGAGAUAUUAAGAGUGAAAAUAUCCUAUUGGAUGAACAACUUCAACCCAAAGUUUCUGAUUUUGGGCUGGUGAAGCUCCUACCAGAAGACCAAUCUCAUCUUACCACAAGAUUUGCUGGGACAUUGGGAUACACAGCACCUGAGUAUGCACUCCAUGGUCAAUUAUCAGAAAAGGCUGAUAUAUACAGCUAUGGAAUUGUAGUCCUUGAGAUUAUAAGUGGUCAAAAGAGUAUUGAUUCCAAGGUCAUUGUUGUUGAUGAUGGUGAGGAUGAAUACCUUCUUCGACAAGCUUGGAAGUUGUAUGUGAGAGGCAUGCACUUGGAGUUAGUGGACAAAAGCUUAGACCCUAAUAGUUAUGAUGCAGAAGAAGUGAAGAAAAUCAUAGGCAUUGCUUUGAUGUGCACUCAAUCAUCAGCUGCAAUGAGGCCAUCCAUGUCUGAAGUAGUAGUCCUACUCAGUGGCAAUCACUUACUUGAGCAUAUGAGACCUUCUAUGCCUCUCUUUAUUCAGUUGACGAAUUUAAGGCCCCACAGAGAUAUCUCUGCUUCAACUGGUUCCUCUACGACUAAUGCUACUAUCUCAAAUUCUAUAGUACCCACUCAAUGAUUAAGUAUAUGAUGUAAAAGAAAAUUUUUAUCCAGUUCAUUAUUAAAGAUGGGUAUAAUUAUUUGUAAAUCUUACUUAUUUUUAAGAGAAAAAUUACAUUAAUAUUUUUAAAAUUUUGUUCAUUAGUGCAGAUAUGGAGUACUUGAGUAAGAGGGAAAUGAGGAGGAAAUUGAGACUACAAAAAGGCUUAUUAUUCAGCAAUAAAGAAACAUAUUUAUGAAUUUGGAUC